AUGAGCUCAUCAACGACUAUAGUAUUAGAACGACGCCGAGUUUCUUCCAAACUAUUUACAAUCUCUCCGGAAACGAAAUAUCAAAAGGUGGAAACACUUUCUUGUUAUCAAUGCUCGAUGAAAUAUUCCAAUACGGAAUGCAAUUCGAACAAUUCAGCUUAUGUCACUGAUUGUCAACCCACUUAUGACACAUGUUUAACGAUUGUACUCAAACCAAGUAUUUUGGAUGAGAUAAUCAUUACAAAAUAUUGUACAAAACGUAAAGCGUGUGAACUUCAACAACAAUACACGCAUUCGCUAACUCCCUGUAAACCGAAUAAUGAAGGUCGAAGUUGGGCCUGCGUUUCUUGUUGUGGCGAUCGAGAUCUAUGCAAUCAUGACGAUUCAAGUCGAUUGAUUCUAAAUAGAAAUUUAUCCGUCAUUGUAGUAUUAAUGGUCGUGCAAAGUGUUUUUUUUUAUAGCUAA